AUGGUGAAGCCUUAUGUAUGGCUUAAAACUUGUGACGAUUCAAUCCAAGUAGUGGAUAGAGAGAUUGCAAUGGUUUGCCCUUUUAUAUGUCAAGAAAUAUCAGAAAAAGGGACAGGAUCUUCCAAGAGUUCUGCAAUAUGUCUUCCUGAAAAAGUAAGUCUUGCAAUGUUGAACUUAAUUCUUGAUUAUUGUCUAUUUCAUCACAUACAAGGCCACUCAAACAAGGAAAGAAAAUUGUAUGAUGAGGAAUUUGUUAGGAUAGUGGCUGACAACCUCUUUGAGCUGGCAUAUGCUGCAUACAACCUUCAGUUGAAGCCAUUGAUUGAUCUCACAUGUCAUGAAAUAGCUCGAACAGUGGAAAUAAAAUCACCAAAGGAGAUUUGCGACAUAUUUCAUUGGCUUGAUGAUCGUGCAAAAGAAGAGAUGUUGAAGUUGAUUAUAAACACAACAUGCAACCCAAGUAGGCGUUUGAAACGUUUAAUGAAAAAUAAGCGUAAAGAGUUUGAAAGGAUACAGAAGAAUGUUGAAGUUAAAAGAGAAGAAAAGCAUGUAGUAGAUGAACGACCAAUUGAAGAGCUUGUAUCCUACAAAGAUACGUUGGGUCGAGCCGGUUGUGGUGAUCUCUUAAGGAAUUCAGAUGGUAGAUGGCUUAAAGGGUACUAUCGCAAAAUAGGUACUUGUGAUGCUCUCACUUCUAAAAUGUGGGGAAUGUUCUUGGGAAUGCAGCUUGCUUGGAGACAAGGAUUUCAUCGCCUUCAAGUAGAAAGUGAUUCAAAUUAA